AUGGCCACUCAAUCCUCGUCUGGCCCAACAUCCUUGUCGUCUUCUUCAUCUCGCCGCCAUGAAACUCAAGACUUGAUCAAUCGCUUUUUUGUACAGCUCUACCAGGGAUGCGGUAUUGCGACAUGUCCGGCGCCACUUUGCGCGACCGCAAGGUCCCAUCGCUCAUCACCACCACUGCGUAGAUAUACUGCUGUCAGUGCCCGGACUAUGGCAGUCGUCUUGGCCUCAUCUGAAGAUGCACACAACCGUCUCUGCCCAAAUCUCCCUGGCCAGCUCCCCGUUGUUACUGCCACUGUUCAGGAGAGAGUCGAUCACAAAUCGAUCAUGCAGCAACUGUUCAAUUCUGAAUCACUUAGGAAUAUUCAUCUGAUCGAGAACGCAUACUCAUCGGAGCCCUUAGAUGGCAAGUCUAGCAUCAAUAUCUCGUCUUCUGGUCCCAUGUCUUGCGAAGACUUGACCAAAUUGUGCGAUGGCAUACAUAACGCAUGUUCCGCCGCAUCGUCUUCAAAGCAAAACGACCAAGUUGCCUGUCUCUUUUCGAGACUGCGUUGUCUGUUCUCCAGCUUCUCAUCUCUUGCACACUCCUUCAUCGACAACCCCAUAGAUAUUCUGCCAGACCCAACAAUACCUCCGUCCACGAAUCGUUGUACAAAACUCCAUCAUGCAUUCGGGUCGGUGCAUGCAAUUGGUGAAAACGCCUCUACAAUCGUUUUCAAUUCCAUGUGGGAAGCUCUUGAACCAGUCUUCGAGAGCCCUUUUGAUCCAAGACAUACAGGAUCGCGAACUUUCCAGACGUUUCCAGCUACCAGCAAGGGCACUCAAGUCCCUAGCGUAGUGUAUUAUGCCAUCCAUGCGCUUAGUUCUUUUGUGCCACACGCCUCUAGGGAAAUUUGGCACACAGUUUGGUCCGCAAUUAUUAAUGGCAAGGCGUACGGUAAGCAGAAGCAUCCGCAAGUCGAUCAUGUCACUUCAUCUUGGCUGUUAGUCCUUGACAGAUUUGAGCAAGAGCCUGCUCUGCGUAUGGCGAGACGUCUUGUCCGGGCAAUUGGUGCCAGGACAUGCCUCGAAGAAACCUUGAGCGCCUGUAACACGGAUGACACAGACCCAGAUCCGCGACUGCAAAUCUGGAAGACGAGUUGCAGACUCAGAAAAUCGGUCAUAGAUAUGCUGGUUCAGGAGGAGCAAACUUUCCGAUUAGCCACAUUCAAAACCAGGUAUAGGGAUGAUUUGCGACAUGGUGGCGAACUUGUUGGCACCACGUCACUCAUUUGGCUUGAGUGGCUUCGCAAAUGUUUUCUGAAAGAGUGGGACGGCUCUUUGCGCAUCAAUAGAUGGAGUGUCGCUGGUUCGGCACUUGAACUAAUGGAAGAUCUAUGGAAGCAUCGAGGUCGAGGGCAGCUGGAUAUGCCCGCAAAACUCUUUGCAUGUCCCACCAUAUUUGGCACUCUCGAUGUCGACAAGGCAGCACAAGACUGGUUAUCAUACAAGCCAAAUCCUGAUGUCCGCCAUCUACUAUCGUUCAAGUUCUUAUUCGACACAAGAGCGAUGACUUUACUGGUUCGCACAUCCCACCACAUCCUCAUGCGCCACGCCUACAACGAAGCCGACGCGAUAUUACAUUUACGUCGAAGAACUAUGCCUCAAGUCAAUCUACAAGACGUGGUCUACCUAGAUCGUCGCUUGAGAGCUGCCCAAGACCAUUACAUUGUGUUGAAGAUCAACAGACAAUCUGUACUAUCCGAUGCCUUCGACCAGUUGUGGCACAGAGAGAGACGAGAGCUUUUAAGACCACUCAGAGUCCGUAUGGGAAUCGAUGAAGGCGAGAUUGGUCAUGAUCUUGGAGGUGUUCAGAUCGAGUUUUUCAAGCUUGCUUGUCAAGAAGCUUUCGAUCCUGCCUACUCACUCUUUUCUAUUGACCCUCAGACUCGCAUGGCCUGGUUCCAACCCGCAACGAUGGUUCCACUCUACAAGUAUCAACUCUUCGGCUUGCUUUUUGCUCUUGCCAUCUACAACGGUAUCACUCUACCGGUUUCGUUCCCCUUGAUCUUUUACAAGAAGCUACUUUUCCAAUCACCCAGCGAAGCUGAUUUGAUUGAAGGCUGGCCAAGUCUGGCUAGGUCUUUGCAACAUCUCCAGAUGCAUCAAGGUUCUGUUGAAGAAGAUUUUGCCCGAGAUUACGUCUACAGUUUCGAUGCUAAUGGCUUGCAUCUGGAUGUAAGUAUGGAUGAUCCAUGGGAUGGUUGGUCAGUAUGGGACAAGAUCAAAUCAGGCAAAAGCAUGAGCCUGGGACGAUUGAAGGUGAUGCGCCAAUACCCAGACAAGCAUCACCCGGAGCCCAAAUCCACAUAUGCUGCACAAGCUUCCACGCACAAACCACCACUUUCUACGGAUCACACGGACUCAGGAGGCGACCAGACGCAGACCCAAGUGGAAGCUCAUGGGUAUCACCAAAGCAGAUUCGAGUGGCCUGGCUGGAAAGUCGAGGUUGCGAACCCUGGCGAGCUACCUCAACCAGUCACAAACGAUAACCGCCAUGACUUUGUCUCAAGCUAUUGCCAAUGGGUCAUGGACUGGUCUAUUCGGCCUCAGUUCAAUGCAUUCGCUAAAGGGUUCUACUCAGUGAUGAACCUGAGAGCUUUGGCACUCCUGAAUGCCGACCAGUUUCGCACGUUAGUCGAAGGUCACAACCAUCUGGACAUGGACGCAUUACAAAAAGCUACCACUUAUAAUCAUUAUACAGCCACUUCCCCAGUCGUUCGUUGGUUCUGGGAGGUGGUCAAAGCUUAUCCUCAAGAAAAGCAGAAGCAAUUGCUUGAAUUCGUUACAGCAAGCAGUCGAGUACCUGUAAACGGGGCCGAGAGCUUGAUCUUUGUUAUCGAAAGAAGCGACUCAGAGACGAGUGCGUUGCCUGGGAGCAGCACCUGUUUUGGCACGCUCAGGCUCCCUGAGUAUGAGAGCAAGGAGGUUUUGGCGAGCAAAUUGGAUAUUGCUUUAGAACACUCUUUGGGCUUUGGACAAGCAUAG